AUGUCAGCGGACACAGUUGCGAAGACUAUCGAUGUUCUCGACAUAACCACAGCAAUCUAUACCUACGACCGCACCCUCACCCUUUGGUGGGAGGUAGACUUGAUAUGGCAGCGACGGAAAAUGUCGGUGGCGACUGCUUCCUAUAUGCUAAUGCAUACGUCUGCAGCGGUGUAUCUGUAUGGUCAGGUCAUGGCCCAGAUGCUCAAAAGUUGUAGAGUAAGGCUCAAAUUCCUUCGCACAUAUGGUUAUAUCAUGGACGUGGUGCAAUUAUCCGCCGCUGCUCUGUUCCAUAUUGCCAUUGGCGCUUUCACGGCAUUGCGUGCUUAUGCCAUCAGUAGUCGCUCAACGCCGCUUGCGUCCGCGAUCUUCUUGUUCUCGGUUGUGCUCGCCGCUGUAGACAUAUAUGAGGUCUGUACAAUAGUAGCCGUUGUUGUGCCAGACCCGGUUGGCUGCCUACUCACUGUGGGUGGCGCAAGUUACAGUAUAUGUGGCUGGGCAAGCAUCCGUCAUUAUCGCCGAGGCUUUGCUUGUAGCGGUAACGUGGCGCUAUGGAUGCAUGGCUCACCUCGUCGAGACGCAUACCAAUAUGCCGAUUACGGGCGUAUUGCUCAGGCAUGGGUUCUCGACCUAGGCAUCAUUUACUUUAUCACGAUACUCGCUCUCCUAAUCGUCAACAUGACACUGAGCGAGACGAUUGUCGGUAUUACCCCUGCCUACUGCGUCAUUGCGCCAUACUGAUAUUGUCACUUCAGAUUAGCAAUGGAUUUGUCUCAUCUAUCCUCUCUGCGUGCGUUUCAUACUAUCCAAAAACGAUGGCGCUAACCGUAUACACGCUCCUCAGGCUGCAAGCAGCCCUACUCUCGCACUUCUACCUCAACUUACACGAAGCGAGUUCAUUCGAACUACCUACUAAUGCAUCACAGAUAUCCGACCUUCGUUUCGCGCGUUUGGUGCCAAACCUCGCGGGUUGCUUCCCCUACAGCGCACACAGCUUUCCCGACGAUGAUGCGGAUGCGGAUCCAGGGAGCGAUAUCGAUUCGUAGGAGGAGCCAGUGUAUGCGCAACGGAUAGAUGUUGAGCAGCCGGCAGUCGCGAGAGGCAUCGUCGGGGACUGGGAACCAUCAAUAUGAUGAGCCACAGAGGACCUCUCCGUGGAAGGCACCAGGAGUGUCAUA